UGAGCCGUCACGCGAUGUUUUUUAUUCUUUUUGGAGGAAAUUUUAAAAUCUUAUAAAAGGUUUGUGCAGUUAUUGUAAAAUUCAACUUGUUUUCUUUUAAAUUUAAAGCUUGGACCUCAGAAGACAAAGAGGGUAAAUUGAAUUGUCAAAUUGUAUGUUGUUUUAUGUUAAAAAUUCAUAAAAAGAUGAUGAUCUAUUGUGUAUACAAAAAUCUUACUACCAGCCUUGUACCUUGUAGGCUUGUACCCAGCCGCUUUAGAGAGAAAAAAUAUAUAAUCGUGCUAAGCUACUAUAUAGAGAUCAGGGUGAGUGUGCAGGGGUGCUUGGGGAGGACAAGAUGGGAAAGGGAAGCUUCCUCCGUCACAUCCUCCCCAAGCACCCCUGCAUGCUCACUUAGCUUAGCCACUGAUCUCUAUAUAGUAACUUACUACUAUCCCCAAUCUGGAGUAUUUUCCAAUCUGAGUUUGUAGAGCCUCAUUUUCAUUAUUGGAGAUGUUGGGCUUUGUCCAACGUCACAUACAUGAAAGCGAGGCUCUAUUGCCAGAAUGACGAAUGUUCUGGAUUGGUGUUUUGCAUUUGAUGUCAACUUGGAACAGAGAAUCGACAAUUAUUUGCAUUGAGAAAUCAUAAAUCCUCCAAUCUUGUACGUAGGAUGCCUGUGGCCAGAGCCGGGAGAUCCAGCGCUAGCGAAGAAAUAGAAAGUACAUGUUACUUCGCGUGCCCAGAAAUAAUCAAUGCAGUCGAAUUCAGUCCAUAUCAAAACACGUCCAAACUGAUUGCCUACGGUGGAGAAAGUCGGAUAUGCAUCGGAUCUUGUUCUUUCGAUGAUGAAAAUUUACAAGAGUUUCAGUUUGAGCAUCAAGUUGAUAUAUCACAUGGUGCUCGAGUCGACGCCAUCGCUUGGUCACCACAAAGCUCGCUUGAUCAAUACCCUGGUCUAUUGAGGUAAAUCACAAAGUUUGAAGUAUGCUAUGUUGCACAUGUAACACACCUCCAUGUCUGACUGAUUGACCAACUGAUAACCUACAUAGCAGGCGGUAUUCGCGGGCAAAAGAGAACGGGAAGAUUCCUGUUCUCUUGUGCCCGCGAAUACCGCCUACCUGACUGGCUAGAUGACUGGUCAUUACCUAUACCAGCCGAAUAACAGACUGCCCACAUGAUUGAUACAUAUUACAGAGGCAAAAUCGUGGUAUUUUUUAGGUUUUGUACUGCUGGCGGGGACAAAAAAUUGCGAUGUUUUUCUGUUGAUUUAAGGGAUAACUCCACAGUUCAAAUGUUGGAUGGUCACGAGAGUUACAUAAAUGAUUGUGUUUUCAAUCCACUACAAGGCGAUGCCAUUGCUAGCGUUAGUGGUAGGUAUCUUCAUUUUAUCCAAAGAUUCCAGGUUCUAAACUCUGUCAAUGUUACUACAGGAGGAAACCUAACCUAAGCUAACUUAUCCAUAUUGGAUGCAGCUUUACUUAGAGGUCCAGUAGGGUUACUUUGUUUCAAAGUUUUACAAACGUUUGAAUGUGUCAUCCAUGCUGCCAUAAUAAUCAACAUAGAAUAUCAUUCUCAUGCAAGAGCAUUUAUAAAAACAAAUAAACAAUUAACAAAAAUCUGACCUACCCCACCUAAAUUUUGCAACAAGAAAUAGUAAACUGACCUUUUGUUUAGGCAUUCAUACAUAUUUCUACAUUGCACUGAAUGUAAAGGACAAAAGGGAAAUUAAAAGCAAGAUAAUUAGUUCAACAGAUUGCAGACUUUAAGUUCAGUCAUGUAAUCUGCAUUUUAUUUAUCUUGGACAUUGUCACAGAUUUAAUAGUUGUUAGUUCAAUAUGAACCAAAGUAAAGUUCUUUAUUUACACAAUAGCUCUGUCACUUUAACCUGUCUGUCAAACCGUACCCAGAAAAUAAUGCCACAUUUGGUAGACUGGGGUAUAUUUUUUCAUGUAGAUGACCACACAUGUCGUAUGUGGGAUGUUGAAAGUGGUCAAGAAACAGCGUUGUUCCAUUUAACUUCUCCUGGUGUUUCUGUCAAGUGGAUUCCUAAUGAACCAAAUAAGGUGGCUGAAUGUAGACAUGCAUUUCCAUUGAUCUAUAAGCUUUUUUUCAAAAUGCUGAAAGCUCAGUGAUAAAUAGGAUUAUCCAGCUACUAGCUUACCAAUGAGUUUAAAGCAGAGUGUUACGGGGAUGGAUCCAGCAUGAUCUGGUAGGGGGUGCUCUGCCAGCUCUGGUGCCGAGUUGUGUUGAUCAUGUGCCCGCCCUACCCAUCAACUACUGUAUUUGAAUUUGAAUUGUUGUUCACAGUUCGCUUAUCAUCAUGUUGUUACUCAAAUUACUGUAUUUCAUUUUGUCUCUAAUAUUUUUUUGCUUUAUCAUGAAAAAUAGCACCACCCCCCUGGCCAGGGGGUGCACCCCCCCAGUAAAUCCAUCCCUGGAAUGUUACUGAAGGUUGGGUACUUGAUUUGUUUUUAUUUCAAACAGUUACUGGUGGCACAGAAAAAUGGAACUAUACGAAUAUACGAUAUUGUUAGCCAGCGGCCGUUCAUGUCAUUCAGUACCCUAACGUCACCAUUGAAAUGUGUUGAUUGGUCAACAGCUAAUCCAAUCAGAGUUGGAGGAGUAGUUUCGAAUGAGUGGGAGAUUUGGGAUAUAUCUCAAUACAGGUAGAACUAGGCCGACUAAGGCUCUGUCAGUUUAGAGGUUUAGGAAGGAAUCUUUGGCACAAUGUUACUAAAGAAAUUGAAAUACUCCGAGAACCAGUAGUGGUUGGUUGAAUUUUGCUUACUGAAAGUAGUCUCCUCAUAUAUGCAUGUGACUGAGGUUAUAAUGAGUUAUAAUGAGGUCACAAAAAAUCCUAUAGGAAUUUUGGCCACAAUCUGAUAGGAAAUGCUGUAGGAAUUCCUGUAGGAAUUUUUUGUACUAUAUAUAUUGCAGAAAUCCAACUUUCGUCAUGGAAGUGAAAAACACAAUGUCAUGCACUAACCAGUAUGCCACCGACAUUUGUUAUAAAACACAUCUUGAUAGAAUGAUGUGGGAUUUCUGUGUGUUUUCACAUUCCUGACGUUGAAUACUAAGUAUUUGUGUUUUUACCUAAUCAAAAACAAACUAAUAAAGUAUUAAAUCAUAUUAAUGAUCACUUUUCAGUUCUCCACAAGCAAGCAAAGAAGCCCAUAUUGAAGGUGCUUGUAGCUUCAGGUAAAUGCUCAUGAGUCGUGACUACAGUUGUUUUUUUCAGGUAAAGGUAUAGUAGUAUUUACUGCUAGUAAGAAAGCACAAGAUAAUAUUCCUUUAUCCUGUUGUCUUGUAUUUAGGUGGUGUAAGCUAACUGAUGGAAUAUUUGCCACGUCAGGUCGUCCUGGAAACCAGGUCAAGGUUUUUCAAGUUGGUCAUCACAAGGUAUGUACCCCAUUGGCAAAAAUAUUUUCAUACUAUUUUCAUGUCCUCUGAAGCCCCGUUUACACUACACUCAAUUUUUGGUAUGGCUCGGAUAAAAAUGGUAUACGGGUACCAAAAUUGCGCGUGUUGUAAACGGACUUUGAAGCAUGACAAAUCUUUUUAUUACCAUGGUUCUUUUAGAAUCCAGUCACGGCAAACUUAAAAGUUGGAGGUGGUCUAUCUUGGCACAGUCGGCUUCCUAUCUGCGCUGCUGGGGGUGAUCAUGCUGUACAUUUAUGGCGCUUGGAACUUUAACCCAUGAAUAGACACUUAGGAUAACAUCCUGUGAGCAUUAAAAAUGUCUGCAAUUCUACCCGGUUUCCUAUCGUAUUUAUAAAUAGUAUAAAAAUAUGUACAUGAUUAUAAUACCAAGCAAUUCCUCUAACUGUUUCCAUCGAUUUCUUCUCAAAACUAAUAGCUAACACCUCACAGUUCAAAUAAUUUAGUUCAAAUAUAUUACAAUAAUAUUACUUUAAAUAAAUUAAACUUACAGUAUUGUGAUUUGAAAAUCUUUUAAGAAUUUUCAUAAGAGCAGAACGUCCUGCAAAAUAGAAAAAUAUACAAUACUGUGAUUAAAAAAGUAAUUUGAAAUACAGUUAUAUCAUUUGUUUACUGAUUGGUAAGUGUGUUUUUACUUUUCAUCCAGCAGUGCAGGCGAAGCCAGCCUGACAAUUUUGUCAUGCUAUGCAAAGUUUAAAUCAUCAUUAUUCAUUUCUUAAGAAAUUGAUUGUUUUGACGGUGUAUGAACACGGAAAUAUUCACAUAGCAUGGCCAAAUUGUGGGGCUGGCUUCGCCACUGAUCCAUAGUAUUACGAUGUAUAUAAUCAAUUUACAAGCAAGGUGUUCAAAUAUAAUUAAAUGUUCAAGAUAAAUUAAGUACAG